GACACCCCCCCCCCCCCCAAUAUCUCCAUGAUAACAGCUGUGUUGUGUUUUGAGCAGUCAGUCAUGGAAGAUCAAAGAGUUCAGACCUGCAACGUUUACAGGACGGAUCCAGACCUACCACACAGGUUCAACAACCCUGACUGUUUCCAUGGUUACAGUCAGAAAACGAAUCAUCCUUUAUAUCGAACAUCGAACCAAAUGUAUGGCAGCAAGAGGCCUACCGUUCAUGACAUACAGACUCAGUUUAAAGUGACCUCCCGUCGGUUUUCGGAGGCCAUGCUUCAGAGUGGGAUGUACCGCGAUCACGGCUUCAACACAUCUGUGGAGAAGACCAGAGUGAUGGUUUCCACAGCCACGCAGGAGAACAGAUCCAGCCUCCAUCAUUUGUAUCACUAUGGCAACCGAAGCAAUGACCAAGAUGGAAAUAAGUAAAGAAAGCUGACAUCCAAAUGAGAGAGAAAAUAAAAAAUCUGAUCAAACUGCUGCUGCAGGACACACACGAUCUGAGUCAGACAAACGUGGAUAUAAUAUGUAAUAUGUAUUAAUAAUAAUAAUAAUAAUAAUAAUAAUAAUAAUAAUAAUACAAUGGUUUGUGUUUCA